AUGGCCGCAAAGCGCCCCCGCGCUGCCUUCGAGGCCGACCAGGUGCAGCGGCCCCCCUAUGUUUUCUACGGCACGCCCUUGCCUCCGCUCGAUGCCGAGACGCGUGACGAUGGCUCGUACGUCCCCGUGUGGAAACAGGAAGUGACCGAUGAGCGGGGACGGAAGCGCCUGCAUGGCGCCUUCACCGGUGGUUUCAGUGCUGGAUACUUUAAUACCGUCGGCUCCAAGGAAGGAUGGACACCGGCGACGUUUGUAUCCUCACGCCAGAACCGCGCCCGCGAUGGGCAGCAGCAAUCCCAACUACGACCGGAGGACUUUAUGGAUGAGGAAGACCUCAAAGAUCAAGAAGAGUCGCGGAAUCUACAGAUGUCAGAAGGGUUCGCGGGGUUCGGCUCCACGGCCGGAGAUGCCACUCGACGCGCCGGAUUCAUGGACCUAGUCAAGACGACCGGAGAAACAAUGGGUGUCAAGCUGCUGAAACGGAUGGGUUGGAAGGAAGGAGAGGGGAUUGGGCCCAAGGUCCGCCGCAAGGCAAAUCUCGGCGAUGGCCUCAGUUCUGGUAUAAAUGCCUCGGAGAAAACAUAUCUCUUUGCACCAGAGGACCCAGCCAUGAUCGCCUUCAUCCGCAAAUCCGACUCCAAGGGUCUGGGCUUUGAAGGGGAGGCCCGGCUCAGUCCUCAAAACAACACCCAGGAUGAGCCUGAAGAGACAGAUUCGUUCUUCGGGGACCGUCUUGGAGACCAGAAGAAGUCCAACAAAUCGUCCAAGACUAAACAAUCCCGCCGUGGGGGCUUUGGUGUCGGCAUCCUAAACGACACCGGGUCUGACGAUGAAGACCCUUACUCCCUUGGGCCCCAAAUUUCAUACAAUCGGACUCUCGGAGGUGAUAAAAAGAAAAAGAAGAAAGGGAUAGUCGAGGACAGAAAGCCCACCAUCGCUUCUGCAAACCCUUUGCUGGGAGACAAACCCGUUUUCAUCUCCAAGAAGGCUGCUGCCACUCGAGGUCCCGGUGGAUUCAGGAAAUGCCGUGAUGGACGACUACCGCUGGACGGGUUCGUUCUCGCUGACAGUCUCUCGGGCCUGUCCAUUUCAGAGAAAAAAUACGAACCUCCUCAAAUUCCUGAAGGCUGGAAGUCUGCUAAACAGCCCUCAUCGGUCCAACGAGAGGCUCCGGGCCAUGUUUCGACAGCUGAUGCCGCCAAGGCGUCGACACUGGACCCGACGUCUCGAGCCGCUGCCCUGGGGGAGGCCCAGCUACCAGGAAAAUCCGUCUUUGAUUGGAUGACCCCGGAGGCUCGCGAGCGGAUCGUGAGGCUCACGGGAAAUACCAAUCUUCCCCCGGCCCUCAGUGAAAGAGCCCCGAAAGGCUACGAAGAAACCGAGACGCAGAAACAAAAAUCCUUGUGGGAUCUGGUUCCCAAGUUGGAUAAGCAGACUGCCGUCCAAGCGUUGACUCGGGCCGUUGGCGGAUGGAUGCCCUAUUCAGAAGACGAGGAGAAACGAUCCCGUUACCGUACUUUCUUAGAGAUUCGUGCGGAGAUACGCAAUACGCUCCCCGAUCGACUGCCAGGAUCCAGCACAAGCGACUGGGUCAACGAGAUGCAUGAGUUUGCGCGGGCUGCGGAUGUCUUCAAGCCAAUGUCUGCCAUCAUGGCGUCCCGGUUCACGUCAGCUUCCUCGGGGCCUAAGGUCGCCUCCGAUGCGCCGGACUCGACCGACGAUCCUCUCAGUCGACCGAGUGAGAAACCCGACAGUCCAGCCGUGGCAGCAGCCAAGAUGGGUAUGUUCGGGCCCAUGACCCGAAGUACUCAACCUUUCUAUCCAAGCCGUCUACUAUGCAAGCGGUUUAAUGUCAAACCACCCGCAAAUGUCCAGCUAGACCCUGGAGAGGGGCCAGGCCUAUCUGCUGGUGCUGGUGCUGGUGCUGGGGGUGGUCCCGGCAUGCGCUUCCAGUCUGGCGGCUACCAGGCCGACACCAAGGCCAGGGAACUGAUCUCGCAGGACGUGAUGGAUAUGAUCAUGGAAGAAUCAGGCCGCCAGCCUGCUGCUCCCAGCUCCGAUGCCAGUGGACCAAAUCAAGCCCCGGCCGCCACCUCAGCAUCGGCACCGCCGCCAGUCGUCGAACUGGACCGCAACGAUGCGCUGGAGGCUGAGCGACCGGGCGAUGAUGUUUUUAAAGCGAUCUUUGGCAGUGACGACGAGGACGAAGAGUGA